AUGGUGGGGCUACCCCUCCUCGUACAAAACCCAGGCAUCAGGCGCGUUCUUAACCAUCCGAAAUUUAUCCCAGACCCUUCCCUGCCCGAAAAAACAACACAUUCAAUCCGACAAGCCAGCCGACCGACAAUGCAGCCUCGAAAGCGCAAUAGCAAUGCUUGCGAUGCAUGUAGAGCCCGCAAGACCAAGUGCGAGUAUAAUGGUGCCAACUGCUAUUCCUGUGUGGCCUUGGAGAUCCCAUGUACGCGCAAUAUGCCCAAGAAGAGGAGGGGUCCUGUGAACCAAUAUGUCACGGCUCAGCGACAGCACGAGGCCUGUUCAGAUACGUCGCCUCCGUUGAUAUCUCAUACGCCAGGAUCCACGCAUUCCUCGGCAGCUACAGACUCUCACUGUGGUCUGAACCAGCUUGGUCCACCACAUAUCAUCGCCGAGACCAUUGAGGACUGGUUCGAGCUGGUCCAUUGUGUCAGCCCCGUUCUACACCGCGCCAGCUUCCUCAGGAGACUCGCAAACGGCGACGCAUCGCGUGACCCCGAGUUUUGUAAUCUUGUCGUCUCGGUGUGUGCAGCUACCAUCUCGGUACUAAAGAGGUCACGGCACCGGGGAGUGGUCACGCUCUCCAAAUGCAUGAAGAUUAUCCGCAAUAACGACCCCGGGGCUCCACGAAUGGAAUUCACCCUGGAGUGGUGCCAAACCAAGUACAAUCUAGCGGUUGCUUAUUUGACAAAAUAUGGGACCGACAGCCCCACUGUCAUCCACCUCUUGUCUGAAGCUGCCGCUGGUGUCAGAUACCUCCUCUUUUCAACCCCAGAUAAACUCUCAUUCAUAUCGAGGGAGCUACUAAAACGACUAUUGUAUCUUAUUUUUGCAGGCCAGUGCACCUUUGGGAUUCUAGGGAGGCUCCACGCGAUGGCCCUUGUCGAUUCCGCAACUCUAUUGUCUCGGAAACCCCUUUUCUGCACGGAUCAGGAACUUGAACCACACGUGACGCUCCAGGAUCACCACCCUUGGCACGGUGAUGCGACUUCUUACAUCCCCGGCCUCGUUCACCUAGUAAAUCUCUUCCAAAUAUGGUAUCAAGUCCAGCAGGAAAGACCGGCCACGCUCUCCACUCUGCAGAGUGCUUUACAUCGUGUACAGGCAGCACUUGAUGAUCUCCCCAGAGAGCUUCGUUGGCGUGGUGGCCUGUCAAGGCCACCAUGUAGCAAUCUCGGCACUGAUGUACAGAUCGUCAACUUGUACAUCACGCAAAUUCAUAUAAGAUCGAACCUUGUCGACCAGAUCGACUGUAUUUCCAAGGGUACGGACUCGCCGGCGGCAUCUGUCGAGCCUGCCAUGGAAAGGCAACGAAUCAUUGAUGAUAUGCUUGCCAUUGUUUGCCUAACACCAGACGAGAUUCUUGAAGUUAAUGGGUAUACUCUAGUAUUGAAACUUCGGGACAUCGGCCUGACUCUUCUCACUGAGCAUGCGAAUACGCCAAACACCCUUGUAAACCUUGAUAAAUUACUAGCGAAGCUGGAGAGGCUCGACCAGAAUCAUGGAUUCACCAUCGACGAGCAGGCAGCUUCCUAA